GCAAGACCAGCUGCUGCUACUGGUCUUGGCGUCACACUGGCCUCUCUCACCUUCUCCUCCAGCCAAUCAGGUGGCAGAACGCAGUGUGCGUGUGCGCCCGCGUGUAUGCGCGCGGAAAUCUAUUUCAGUCGCGACUGCUACUACUAUUGCCUAAUGCCCGUCAUGGUGGGUGGGUCCCUCUUUCCAAGCGUUCCCAAUGGCAGAAACUCGCCAUGGCUCUCCGUUGUCGCUAGCUCCACUGGCGUAGGAGGGGGUGGUAGUGGUGGUGGAGCCAGUGGCCGCGUCAGUCCUGCCAUCUCAGAGCACCUCAAGGCGGUUCUAAUGGCUCUACCACUGGAAGAGCCGAGAGUGGUGGCAUGCAGCCUCUGCCCGCGGCGCUUCAAGAACCAAUCCGCAUUGAAUGGACAUAUGCGUCUCCACGGGGGCUAUGGGCUAAAUCACGCACCUGGUGCUGCCGCUCCCGGUAAGAUUCAGUCGUCACAGCCACCUCAGCCGCCGCCUCGGCCAUCAACACCCCUUGCUGCCUCAGCUACUGCGGCGAAGUUGAAGAAGGAGCAGCAGCAACAACAAGCACAGCAACUGCCGUUGGGAGCUAGUGGUCGAUCGUUAAAUGACUCCCUCUUGUUGCUUCGUGAUCUUCCCGAGACCAAGUCGGAGGGUUCGGCAAGUCUGUUUGACUGGCCACCCACACCAGCCACUACAACUACUGUUGUUACGGGAGUAGCACCCUGUGUUUCCUCUGCCACUGUCGCUGUAACAGCUUCUCGAUCAAUGCGUCCCUGGCCUCCACACACCUCUCCUGUCAAUCAGCAACAGUCAACGCAGACUCUUAGUCAAUCUCCCUCGGGAGUCUACGAUGCAGCAAGGACAGAUCUACCGCGAACGCAUUCUGAACUGCAUUUUAACGAGUCCGGCGCCGUUCCUUCAACGGCCGUCUAUCGAAGUGCUGGAUUUCGAAAGCGUCCUUCAUCCACCACUUUCAGUGGGCCCUCAUCGCCACAUCGAUUUCGAGCAGGCACUGUACCACACGAACACGCUUGGGUCGCCCAUCAACCGAUGCAGUUACCACCACCGCCGCCGCCACCUCCUCCACCGCCACCGGGCCUACAGUCGCUGCGUGGGCGUAAUGAAGUGGAUCCCAUCUUCAAUAACCUUCGAUUGUUGGAUUCUACCCCAGCUGUUCUUCGUGAUCAAGGCAGGUACAUCUCUCGCAUGGCGCCGCAUCAAUUCCAACAUCACAGUAAUGGUAACGGCAGCGGCGGUGGUGAAUAUCCUGGCUCGUCACUUGCAAUGUUCGGGGCAGAGCAAUCAGUUUUCUUCCCUGGAUCCUCUUCCUCUCCCUAUCAUCAACGUAGUGAUAACAACACGUCAACUUCUGCAGCGCCUCAACCGCACUAUUCACCAAUAACCCCGGCUUCGGGAGGAUUUGGCACCUCCUCAGCUUCUUCAGCCUUCACCUUUCCCCCCACCGAUGCUCUUCUAGCCUCAACUUCCACAGCCUCACCUCCGGUGCAGCCACGGACACAGUCGCAACAACCGCAGCAACAACAACAGCAAUUUCUUUGCCCCUGUCCACCAAGGUCUACACCCUUUGAAGAAACAAAUAAGUGGAUGCCUCAAGCGCCAGCUUCAGUUGAGUUGAUGCUCUCUCCGUCCUCCUCGGUUGCUCCAAUAGGUCAGUUUUCACCUCCUCCGCCACCACCUACGCUACCGCACGCACCGCCAACUUACCAAGAGACAUUACCCUCCAGUCUCUACACAUCGCCACGAGAGGAGAAUGAACAGGAGACUUCUGUGUCAAAUUCCACAUCUGUAUUACCUCAUGGUAUCAGUUCAAAUCAGUUUGUUCAGCAGCAUCAGUCGUCUUUGUACGGACAGCGCUCAAGAACACUCUGCACGAACUCUGGUUAUGAUGAUUUGGUAAUGCGCCAUCCGAUGACACCGCAACACAAUGCCCACGAUGGUCAACCACGCGCCUACUCCUACAGCGCCACCUCGACCCAAGCUGCCUACUCAGUGCCCCUAAUGCCUAGUCAAGAACGGGUUUUCUUCCCUGAUGAAUUGGACCCUCUACUGGCAUCUCAGGAGGCAACGAAGGACGCUCGACGUCCAACUACCCCUAUUCCCGAACUUCUUCCACCCCAACCGUUGCAAUCGUCGCAUCAAACACCAAAGCAGUGCUUUGAAUUAAGCUGUGUUCCUCCCCACAAAUCUGCAUCGGAUGAGGGGAAUAUUUUCAGAAAUCCUCAGCCUCCACCAAUCUUACCUCCUCCUUCCUCCCUUCCACUCCCGCAAUCCCUACCACUGUCAACGUCAUCAUCCGCAGUAUCGGCACUAAAGAAGGUCAAACGGAAACCGGCACCCAUUGUCAUUCCUUCGUUCACUCACCGAAUAAAUCCAUCGCGACUUCGUUCACCGCGUCUAUGGACUGCGAAUGGCUCCAGUGAUGGCUUAGGUGGCGGUGAUUCUGGCACGCAAUCGAUGGGAUUGGUAGCAUUGGGGGCUUUGUUGGAACCACCGCCUUAUACUCCACCUCCGAUGCUCUCGCCUAAUCGUCGCGGCUCAGGCCUUUUCUCAUCAAUUGCCCGCUUCAGACGUCCUCUGCGUACAACCACUUCUCACAUCCGUGUUGCCACCACCACAGGAACUGCCAACACCUCCACAGGUGCAACACUCGCCGCCACAAUCAACAAGGCCUCUGUUUUUGCUGCCCCAGUCGCACCUCAUGCCUCUUCACCCGGUCCACCAAAGUCGGCUCCAGCUUUUGUCAAAAACUUGGUUGAUUUACCCUCUAGAACCUUGAACGGUAGUGUUGUCGCUGAUGAUGCAGCUCCGCCAACAGUUGCUAUGCGUGCGUCAACACCAGAACUGGCAGAAGAGGGGUGUCGGGUCUCCAAACCACUCUUUUUCGGAGACGAGGACGACGAAUUCACAUCAAUGUUAUCUGUAGCGGAGGGUAGCGGUGAUGCUACGGCGGGAGGCAGAAAAGACACGUCAGAUGCAGAGGAGUCGAACGUUCGUUCACCUCACCGAACUGGGACAGCUGCUAAUGUUGCCGCCACCAACGCGAACGCUGCUACCAAUGUCUCUCACUCUUCGUCAUCAUCUUCCUGUUACUGUUGCUCUGAAGUCUCAUCUGCGCGUCCUCGUGUGGGUGAAGACGAGGAAGAUGAAGACGAAUCAGAAGAUGACAUUGUUGAGGACAUCGGUGUGCCCAGCAACUUCGAACCAAAAAUUAAUGUUGGAGCUGUCUAUCAGGCGGAGGUUCCCGACUUUGUUGGUGUUAUCGAUGCCUACCAUGAUGAUACUCGAGUCUAUGAUGUUCUUGUCUGGAAUCCGAAGAACAUCGACGAGAACGACCCCAAAACGGAGGAGUCUUUGUCCAAUCUUAUGAACUUGGCACGCUCUCCCGUAGUACGAAAUUGCGGUCUCAAUAUGGAAUACACUUUUCAUCUGCUGUGCAAAUUCCAGGGCGAUUUCGAGAUGACACUGCGUGCUCUGCUCCACGAAUCCUUCACUAUAUUUGAUCGAGUCUACUCCGAAACGGAAUACUGGACCACAGAGGAGAUUGAAAAGUUUCAGACCAGUCUUCGUCGUCACGACAAGGACUUUCAUCAUGUUUCAGCCGAGCUUCAGGCCUAUGGAAUGAACAAGUCUGUGAAAGCUUGUGUCGAGUUCUACUACGUUUGGAAGCGAAUGAACACGCCCCAUGAGGUCAAUCGCUACCGGGGUCGAGUACAUCGCAAGGGUGUUCCAACACGUGGGGAUAGAACUGCCCCUGAAGAGGUCGCUCACCCUCCUGCCAAUGAGAUCUGUGAUCUUAGCGGUGUGGAGAACCAUCCUCAUCAAGCGUCAUUUAACCUUGAAGUGCCUCCUACUUUGAGUGCUGAGGGGACUGCCGGUUUCUCAGCGUCGUACAAUUUGCGUAGUAAGCAUACCGACCUUCCGCCUUCCAUCAAUCGUGAGUUCGAAGAUCAGGGCGUCCCCACAACGCAUGAGCCAGAGACAAUGACAUCGACAUCAGCAGUGGUACCGAUAGUGACAGAGGCGGCAAGGGAGAGGAGUGUGGAGGGAUUCCCCUGUCGUCAGUGUGGCCGCUGCUUUGCCAAAGCUUCUGGUGUAAGGUGCUCUGACGAGUGUUUGGCUAAGUACAAUGAACUUAAGUUGAAGAAGAACUGUCGAUAUAUUUUGUAUAAAAUCGAGGAUCAGAAGGAGAUCAUCGUUGAUAAAAUUGGCGACAGACGUUGCACUUUUGAGGAUUUCAAAGCUGAUCUUGAAAGCCUUGAGAAAAGUGCACGCUAUGCAGUCCUUGAUUUUGAACCAGAUAAUACUAAAUCGGAUCUGCUACUCGUUUCAUGGAUUCCUGAUACUGCUUCUGUUCGUGAGCGCAUGCUGUAUGCGUCCUCUACUGACGCUCUGAAGUCACAGCUUACCGGAUUUAAAAGCUUUGUCCAAGUAAACGAAAAAGCUGAUCUAAAUGUGAAUUUCUUCAUGGAAUCCAUUCCAGGCUAUCGCAAAUGA